AUGAAGAUGGAUAGAGACACAGUGAGGAUCUUCACUUUGAUCAUGGGGAUGUAUAUUGCAGCCAUUCUUCUUACCAUGUACAACAAAUGGAUGUUCGAUCCUAAUAGAAGUUUGCAUAUUCCAUACCCAUUGUUGGUGACAGGCUUGCACCAAACACAGUUAUGGGGUAUGGCAUAUCUGUAUCUCCGGUGGAAAGGUCAACUAACCCCCGAAAACUUGAACAAAGGUGAUUGGAAGUACUAUGCAAAGUACAUUAUCCCAACUGCUAUAGCAACUGCUGGUGACAUUGGUUUAGGCAACAUUUCCUUCAAAUACGUUCCAUUCACUGUUUAUACAAUUGUCAAAUCAUCUACUAUUGCAUUCGUUCUUUUCUUUGGCUGUCUAUUCAAGGUGGAAGUACCAUCUUGGAGACUAUUCAUUAUAGUGACAUUGAUGUUUUGUGGUGUUGUGAUGAUGGGUUUAAAACCAAUAAACUCAGAUAGCUCUCAGACUCAUGGUGAAAUUCAGGAAACCUUUGGUGUGAUACUUGUGGUGAUAAGUUGUGCCCUAGGAGGGUUCAGAUGGGUCUACGUUCAAGUUAUUCUCAACCACAAGAAGAACACCAUUGUCUUGUCACCCAACGAUGGUGAUGAGUUGAUGGCUGCUGACAAACCUGCUACUAAGAAAAACCCGGUCAUCACUCUAUAUCAAUUAGCUUUACCAAUGACUAUACUUCUAUUUUCCACUUCAUUCAUAGUGGAACGUCCGAUUCCUGAUGUACUGCAUUCUGAAUUGAUGACUUGGGAAGGUCAUUCGAAACUCGCGGCUCUAUUACGUGGAUUAGCGCUUCUCACACUCCCUAGCUGCCUUGUUUUCAUAUUAACAAUGUGUGAGUUUGGUAUAUUACAAUUGGCUCCUGUAUUAACUUUAAGUGUCACCGGGAUCAUCAAAGAACUAUUCACCGUUUUCUUAGGCAUGCUGGUAUUCAAUGAAAGGCUAGGAUUUUACAACUGGUUAGGCAUGAUUGUUGUACUAAUCGACGUAUGCUAUUACAACUACUACAGAUACAUGCAAAGAAAAAGACUACAAGAAGUACAACAGGACUACCAACUAGUAGAAACCGAUGAACCCCCAUGUACAUCUACGCAUGAUGGUGAUAUUUGGUCAAAUUUACAAGACAACAUCAGUGGAGACUCGGCGACUGUAUGGGAAUUAGGGUCCUUGAAUUCCAGAAAAUCAAUCGAAUCUAACCUACCAGAGCUAACAUCAGGUACCAUUACCGAACCCACUAAAAACAAAAGUGACGACACCGUAAUGGGUAAUUCCAAAUAA